CCACACUGCGUCGAACUUGGGCUCCUCAACAUCUCUCCGCUUCCUGGAGAGUUUUUGAAAAAAAAUACUUUCCGCAAAAAAACCCAUUAAAAUCAAAUGCGAAGUUAAGAAGGAAAUUAGCAACCAGCAAGAAAAUUUGUACCGGGGAGGGAGAUUAUUUCUUGCGAGCAGUGAAGGGAUUCCCUUUGCUACAGCCACCCUCCCCCGCCAAGUUUCCCUACAGUCUACUAACUCCUCAUCCCACUCUCUAAGAAACUUUUUUUUCUGCAGGAAGCGCACUAAGCGAGUCCAGCCCGGCCGGAGAAGGCAGCUGCAGCGAUCAGAGACUGGAAACCUACAGGAGGACGUGGUGUUUCGCUCAGUUCCGUGUGUGUGUGUGUGUAUCUGUGUAAAUCGCUCCAUCCCCCAUCCCCGCCAAACCACCCCCACCCCCAGCCCCAUCUCCAUCCCCAUCCCCAUACCCAUACCUACCCGGGACCAUUCGUCUCGAUACCGAAUCGAGAAUGACGUCUCUAACCGGGACAACACCGCGGAUGAUGCGCCCGAGUCCAGGCCAAAGCUACAGCAGGACCGGUUUCCCUCUGGAAGUGUCCACCCCUCUGGGCCAGGGGAGAGUAAACCAGCUCGGCGGCGUUUUCAUAAACGGCAGACCCCUACCGAACCACAUUCGACACAAAAUCGUGGAGAUGGCACAUCACGGUAUCCGGCCCUGUGUCAUCUCCCGGCAGUUGCGUGUCUCUCACGGCUGUGUAUCGAAAAUUCUGUGUCGCUAUCAAGAGACAGGCUCGAUCCGACCCGGGGCUAUCGGAGGCAGUAAGCCCAGGCAGGUAGCAACGCCCGAUGUGGAGAAAAAGAUCGAGGAAUACAAGAGAGAAAACCCUGGGAUGUUUAGUUGGGAGAUCAGGGACAAACUACUCAAGGAUGGCAUCUGUGACAGGAGCACUGUACCUUCAGUGAGCUCCAUCAGUCGGGUGUUAAGAGCCAAGUUUGGAAAGAGAGAUGAUGACGAAGAAAUGGAGAAGAAGGAGGAAGAAGGGGGCAGAAAGACUAAACAUAGUAUUGAUGGCAUCCUCGGGGAGAAAGGCAAUCGCUUGGAUGAUGGAACCUCAGAUGUGGAAUCAGAGCCUGAUCUCCCUCUGAAACGAAAGCAACGACGCAGUCGCACCACAUUUACCGCAGAGCAGCUGGAGGAGUUGGAGAAAGCCUUUGAGAGGACCCACUACCCAGACAUCUACACUAGAGAGGAGCUAGCCCAGAGAACCAAACUCACAGAGGCACGAGUUCAGGUCUGGUUCAGUAAUCGACGAGCGCGAUGGCGUAAACAGGCUGGAGCCAAUCAAUUGGCAGCAUUCAACCACCUGUUGCCAGGUGGCUUCCCACCCACUGGAAUGCCAACCUUGCCCCCAUACCAGUUGCCUGAGUCAUCGUAUCCAACAACUACCCUCUCCCAAGAUGGAGGGAGCACUGUCCACAGACCACAGCCUCUCCCACCCUCAUCUAUGCACCAGAGUGGCCUGGCAGCGGCAGCAGAAAGUGGCUCAUAUGGUUUAACGUCCAAUCGACAUACCUUCUCCAGCUACCCCGACAGCUUCAUGAACGCAUCAGGACCCAACAACCCCAUGAACCAGGUCAGCAAUGGACUCUCUCCACAGGUGAUGAGUAUCCUGAGUAACCCUGGAGCAGUCCCCACUCAGCCACAGCAUGAUUUCUCCAUUUCCCCACUGCAUGGGAGCCUGGACACCUCGAACCCGCUGUCCGCCAGCUGCAGCCAGCGCUCCGACUCCAUCAAGGGCGUGGAGACCCUGCCUAGCUCACAGUCUUACUGCACACCCGCCUACAGUACAUCUGGAUACAGCAUGGACCCUGUGCCUGGCUACCAGUAUGCCCAAUAUGGACAAAGUGCAGUUGACUACCUCACCAAGAACGUGAGCCUGUCCACACAGAGGCGAAUGAAGUUGAGCGAGCACUCCGCUGUCCUGGGUUUGCUGCAGGUCGAAACGGGGCAAGCUUAUUGAGGGCAUCUGGCCACUGCGAGAGCUCACGGAACAAGGCCAGAGAGAGAGAGAGAAGAGAGAGAGCUUUGCCUGAUGUUUGUUACGGACAGCUCAAACUGGGACUGAGACAUGGUGGGACAUUCCAAGCUCAGCCUCUGCUCCUGAACUUCCAGAACCCUCUGCCACACCGUCAGACCUACCAUCCAGGAACCCGACUCCCCCUCACACCUUUCCCCUCACAAUUGGGAGCUAGACUGCUUAGGGUCCAGUAUUCCCCUCCUGGAAUAUUGUAUAUCUGCUUUGACAAUUUGUAAGAGUGUUUUUUUUGUUGUUGUUGAAAUAUUAUGCCUGCUUCUCUCAUGAUAGACUGAUCCCAUGGAGGAAGCUAAGUUCCAUGACGAGGAAGGUAUCUCUGCUUCCUUCUCCCCUCCUCCUACCAAGAGGGGCAAUAAAUUGGGAACAGUGGCUGCUGGCUAAAUCCUUCCAAUCACACAGACUGGACCGACUCGUGUAUCAGCAACAGAACUCCAGAGAGCGCCUGGCCCAGAGCUGAAAAGGAGCAAAGUGGAGAGGGACCCUAUUCCCACUCUUGUAUAUGGAGAAAAGACCUCACACGCCAUGUCAGCAUGUUUAAAAAUCGACCAAACAUAAGUUUAGACCGCUUUACUUUCAAGGAAAGCUCAAUUCUUUGGGACCAAGAAUGAACUUUCAAUUCAAAGCAGGAAUCUUAAGGACAGGUUUUCUUCACAGGAAAUCACUGAACCUCUGGUACAAGGCAGUUGACAAAAUGGGGCACAGCAAGACAAGCGGCUUGUAUGGGUCGGGUGGGGACGAUUCUGGGAGAGGAAUUAAGGUCUGUGUAAAUCAAAACAAAUGCUCAUUUCAUGAUAAUGCAAAAGUGUCACUUAUCAAUGGACAACAAGUCUUCACAAUAUACAUAACCAUUCCAACACCGAGCUACAGCAAGGUUCAUAAAAUGUAAACGACUGUUGCAGUUUGGCACUGGAUUGUCCGUGCAGUUCUGAAACGUGUAUGCUUUGUAAAGGUCUGUGAAAGGUCUGAAGUCGAUCACUGUUUAAAACCGGAGCCCGGUACUGGGCUCCUCUUAUCUCUGAUUCUACAUUCCUGAUCCCACACUCCUGGCUAUCCUUGUGAUUUAUUGCACAGGAGAGCUAGCGAAGGACCACGGUGACAGUUCCGAAAGCGCUUUGUUUCAAUAAAUGAAUUCAGGAGGGCUGUGGGUUUUUCUCCCCCGCCCAUGGCCUGACUGAACUUCAGUGAGAGAGUGUGCAGUGAUUGAAAAAGAGCAGGUCGCUUCUCUGAGACUCUGCUUGAAGGAAAUGCAGACUUCCGAACACCGGAUGUCUCCUGAGAGAGCAGACCCAAUCCCUCCUCCUCCUCCCCCUUCUCCUUCUCCUUCUCCCUCUCUCUCUCUCUCUCUCUCUCGUGAUGGCCCAGGGUUGCAAUGCUCCAUUUCCACUGGGUCAUGUUUGAUCCAUCAUUGGAACCACAGUUACUUUCCCACCUUGUGCUGUAACUCGGCGCUCCCUUUUCCAUUUCGUCAGGUGCUGAAACGAGAAGGAUUUUUUAAAAAUCUGCAGCCGCGAGGAUGUUGGAUUCCGUGCAUUUUACUGUAAUCAAAAAAAACAUUCGACAGAACUUUACCAAUAUUCUAUAGACAUUCUUGGCAUGUUAGAUUCUGAUAACUUUCUCUCCCCCUCGCCCCCGCACCAAACCCCCUGCCCCUCCCUCCUUACUCAUCUCCGCUGUAAGUUGUAUUGUAGAAUUGUCAUACGAUUUUUUGAAAGAAGUCACAAUCGCGCCUUGACUGCAUUUAAUGGAACUGAGGUGCUGCUUUGAAAGCUGCUGCCCUCUGCCGGACCGGCCUUCAUUCCCGGAAAAGAAGUGGGAACUGAGAGUUUGCUCACUCCCCUUCCCUCGUCAAAUUCCCUCCUGCCUCUCAUUUUUUGGAAGCCCAUCGCCCCUAAUCCAUGGAAGUUGGGUGACAUUAUAGAAUUCAAGGCUGAGUUAAUUAGAGAAUUAUUGAUUGACAAGGGGGUCCAAAGGUUGAGGGGACAGACUGGGAAGUGGAGUUAAGGCCACUUCAGUUCAGCCUUGAUCUAAUUGAAACGCAGAUCACGGGCCUGAAUGGCGUGUCCCUGCUUUUGUUUAUGAUUGCUAUUUUUAAAAGGAACACUAUUGUUCCCCUUGAUACAAAUAAAUUUGUUUAAAUUCACAAAGCAAGUACAAAAAAAGUCUAAAAAUUAGUCUUAGUCUAAAAAAUAUAUGAAGGGAAUAUUGAACAAAGCACUCAGGUCCCCCCCUCACACCCCCAACCCCGCUACAUAAUGCCAUUGAAUGGCAGGACUGACUGAACAGGCUAAAUUGCCUCUUCCUGUUCCUAUGUUCCCAUCCUCACUGUUUCUCUACUGUUGUCAGCUAUCUUGGCACUGACUAGAAGUCAAGUCUUGGAGAUUGCAAUGGAACUGGUCCCAAGCCACAUGUUCCAAAGCCUCGGUGAGCCAACAUCAAAUGUUUGUGGGUUUCCCUUUGAUUAUGUUGCUGAAUUGGGGUUCAAGAGAGGGACUUAAAGCAACACAAAUGAGCCAAAUAGACAGCAGUGCAGUCCAGGAUUGCCAAACUGGCAAGGCAAAUUCUUGGAGGUUUCAUCACCUGACCUCCGGCACCUAGUUCCAUGACCCAUUCAAACAGCCUCUUUUCCUCCCCUCUCAUACCUUUCAAACUUUAAAUAAAAGGAACAAGACUCUUACAUUGCUCUGAAGACCUAGAAUGGAAUCCAAUCCCUACAGUAUGGAAACAGGCCAUUUGGUCCAACAAGUCCACACUGACUUUCCAAAGAGCGUUCCACCCAGACUUACACCCCACACCCCCCAUUGAUCAGCCAUUGAUCCAUCUAACUUGCACAUCUUUGGACUGUGGGAAGAAACCCACACAGACACAGGAAGAAUGUGCAAACUUCACACAGACAGUCACCGAAGGCUGGAUUUGAACCUAGGUCCCUGGUGCUGUGAGGCAACACUGCUAACCACUGAGCCACCAUGCUGUCCCAUGGUGACACCUCUGUGACUUUUUUCCUCCUCUGAGUGGCUUGCACCAGUCCUGUAGGUUAACAUUUAACAAUCUGAACAAUCGUGGGGGUUUGUCAACCCUUGCAGCAAUUUCACAUGUGGUUUAAAUCUGGGCUGGUGGAGUUCCUUGGGACAGUGAAAAAAGCCCUACCAUGGUGGAUGGAAGUACAGCUCAUAAUAAAUGUCAAAUAUCUAAAUCUCUUGCACUGGGAGUUGGCUUAUGUGCAAAUCCAGCCUCAAAGUUAGCCUUUUACCCAUGUAUUUUCACUCAAAAGCACCUUAUAAUUCCAUUAAAUGUCCAGUCUAGCAUUACCAUUAGCAGCCCCUUCAACUCACCUCUCACUCCCCUCCCUGACCCUUGUCUCAAUAAGUCUCCUAGCUUCUGUGCUUGUUUCUUAUAAUUUGAUUGAGCAUGUGUGUAUAUAAAACCACUGCAUAAUUUAUUCUGCUAUGUUGUUAAUUAUAGAAUAGAUGGGAACCUGUACUCGCAUUUACAUACAGUCAGUAGAUGUCUGGCUCUUGUAA